AGCAUCUAAUCAUGAUGUGGUGAACUGCGAAAGUCGUGCUCUGAGCAAUCACUGUUACUGGCCAAUAGUAAGCGACUUCAUCAAUGUUCUAUCCCACAAGACAAUAGCUGAUACAUUCAUGCAGAAUUCUGAACUGAUUAAGAAGUGGAUGAAAUUCAUUGAAUAUUUAACUGGAAUGAAUGUAAACACCCGUAAACUGCUGACACAUGUUGAGUUUGAACCCAACACAUAUGGAACAGCAUUUGCUGUGGAGCUUGAAGCUGCAUCUUCACCUCUAUGGAGUUUUGUAAAUGCAUGUAUUUCACUGAAAAAAGUACAGUGUGUUCAAAACAUGAUCUAUGGAAGUGUUGAGGCUCUUGAGAGAUGGUACAAGAAAGUGGAUAGCAAGCCUCAGCGAGGAGAAGUUACAUUUCAUUUACCUCUCCAUCGUCAUCUUGCUGCAUUUAUUAGCCUGGCUGUAUCUCAGUUUGAUGUUCCUCUUGAGCAAGUGGUUCCUUCAAGUCACCUACUGAGGAACAUUUGUGAGGAUCUUUUACAUAUCCAGGCUGCUAUUUGUGAAAUUCAUGCUGGUAGAUGGGUGCGAAAUGGUUCACAGAUCAGAAGUCAAGUUCGUUUCUAUGAUGACUGCCAUUUCUGCAACUCAAUGCAAGAUUUGGAUAUUUUCAUGUUGCAGGUCUGUGCUAUGUUUCUGGAUCCUGAAAUUUUUGUGAACAUGAUGAUUGAGAGUUUUGGCUUGCGACACUGGUUUAAGUUUGGUGUGCCAGCUGUAUCCAGUCCUCCUAGUUUUGAUGUGGACUCUGAAGUAUCGAUGGUUGAGGGAAUGUUAAUGCUGCUCGUCACACUCCUUAGCAAUCGACUACAUUUAGGGCUUACAGAUCAGGAAAUCUUGCGGAAAGAAAUGGUUGCACAGCUUUGCAUGGGAGAUAAGACCCACAGCCAACUUGUUGAUCUAAUCCCAGAUAAACCAGGACAGUCUCACAACACACAAGAUUUUGAGUUAAUACUCAGUGAGUUGGCAGACUACAAGGCGCCUGGAUUUGAAAGUGGAGCGAUGCAGCAAGGGAUCUAUGUACCCAAAGAAUCUGUUUGGAAGAAUGACUUUGAUAUUGUCCAUGUGUUACUAAGAGCAGUCCAUCGUCAGCAUGUGCAGUCAGCUAUGCAGCGCUAUCAAGCAAGUGCUUGUAAGAAUGACCAGUCUCAGAAAGGAGCCAUGUGGUUUCCAUUUCAGCCUCUAAAACCGCUAAGUGAGAAAUUUCGUGGCUUGCUGAAGAUCCUCUUGUCUAAGACAUUGCAUGGAGUCCUGUUUUUUAUAUUCCACAAGGCCACAAAUGAUAUAAAUUCCUUGGGAGAAGCUCUGUAUUUUGCAGUUUAUUUGACAAAAGUGGCAGUUAUGGAAAGCCCUAAGCUGCACUCAGAUCUGAGCUCUCUGCCUUACUCAAGUGUAGAUGUUAAAUCCAGGGAUAUUGGAUGCAUAAUUGUUGAUCGCUGCAUCGACUUUCUUGACACAUACGGGAAGGAUGUGAAAGAUUUACACCAGAUUAGUCCUCAUCACUGUUUGAAUAAAGAACUUCUACUCCGAUUACAACAAGACCCGUUUGCUCCUCUCCGUCCAGAGACAGAUUCUCCGCAUCACGUGUGUGCUGUUAUGGCUGAUGUGCUGCACAGUCAUCACCUUAUGAAGCCUCCAUUGUUUGAGCCGUUCCUUCCUUUCAUGAAUGGCGUGCUCAAUAGCGCUCUCCAAAACCAAAGUAGUACCUUAGAGAAGAUAGCCCAGUUACAACACAUUCAGUUUUUGAUAGAACAACAACCAGUUCAAAGACGGAAUCUCAUCACAAAACUAACUAGACAUCUUGUGAGUGUAUCGGAAAGGCUCAAUAUACCAUCUAAAAAUUUGGCUCUUGCAAGUGACGAAAAUCAGCCCUUAGAGCUUUCCAUGCUGCUGAUGUAUCUGAACAAAUACCACCAGUGGCUUUUCAGGAAUCACCACACUCCUGCAGGAUGGCCAAAGACUGUCAGUGAUUUGAGUUUUAAUUCAAGUAGCAUGGUGGUAAAUAUUCGUCACGUGGUUCAACCAGUACAAGAACCAAUGGAUACAACCGAUGAUGCUGACCUUGAGAACAGUCAUACCAACCCCCCUGCACCGCAGCCGACCAAGGGUGGCGUUCAAGAUUCGCUCGAACUUUUGUCGAUCGAGGCAGAAGAGAGAAGUGGUUUGACGAUUGCAAAUACAGCGUCAUUUAAAGGCCUGGUGCAACAGUUCAUGGAUGUAACCAAUUCAAGUGAAGUUACUGCAAUAAAUCUCCUUAAAGCCUGCAGAGGAAACCUGGAGAUGGCUAUGGAGUUGCAUUUCAGCAAACAAGAAGCCAUGCCUGAUUUGGAGGAGGCAGUUGGUGAUGUUGCUAUGGAGACAAGUUCUUGCACGAUGACGUCUUCUGGUGCAACCGUCGGGACCCAUGGCAAGUUUGAGGAUUCGAGUUCGUGUUCGGCAGAGGGAAUUAACGAAAGCAUUUUAAGCCUGUUGGUGAAGCUGUUAUCCGCCAAGUCUACAAGUUCGACACCACCAGGAAGGAGUCCAGCGUGUGCUGACGAUGUGCACUACUUGUCAGACCUGUUAGCCGUGAUUAGCAGGUCCAGUCCCGAGAAUGCUGCAGUACUGCGCAAGCUUCAACCCCAAACCUCACAAGUGAGCCCCGGUCCUUCCUCCCCUGAUAGUGGUAUGGACAAUUCUGUAGCCAGGACCAUGCGCAAACGACAGCUCGCCAGGGAACGUCAGCAGAAGCUUUUAGCAGAGUUUGCUUCCAAGCAGAAAAUUUUUAUGGAGAAAACCCUGAAGAAAGACCUAGUCGCCCUAGAUGCUGCAGAUGGUAUGCCCAGCGAAAAAGCGGAAGACUUUUUGGAUUGUGUUAUCUGUGGACAAGCAUCCACAUCCACGGAGGAUAGGCCUAUUGGACUGGUGACCCUGUUGCAACCCAGUGCAGUGCUAAAACACAGAGCUCAUCAUGUAAGACACACCCAGCUACCGCUGAACCGUGAGGAGGAGGAGAGUCGUGUCAUUAAUUGUGAGACAACCUUCAGGAACAGAUUUGAAGAUCUUAGGAGAUGCUUUGAUUUGAUACCAAGCAUGGAUGCAUCUGCCAGUGGAACAGAAGGAGGGGUGCAUAUUCAAUCUUGCGGUCAUCUCCUUCAUGUUGACUGUCACCAAUCGUAUCUAAAAUCUCUUCAGGAGGAGGAUGCUAACCAGCUUUACCACGUGCAGCCGUUCAACCCAAGAAAUGGGGAAUUCACUUGUCCUUUGUGCCGACAGCUUGGUAACUCUGUGCUUCCUGUUGUACCGUCGCACAUUAUCCCGGAUGGAAAGACGUCAUCCAAGACUACCGUGAAGAGUCACACAGAACAGACAAGCGACUUACAUGCAGUCCUGAGGAAAUUCAAGCUUCAUACUAUUACGAAACUAACAGCCAGUGCACUUAACUUUAAUGUGCUCGGUGCAGCCAUCAAGGCAGUUGUAGAAUCAGUGUCUGCUCUGGACGGAGAAAGCUUCAGGUGUUCAGUUGAGAGAAAGUUUAGCCUGCUGUACAGAAUGGCUAGGACAAAUUUAGAAUUAGAGCAAGUAGAUAAAGUCGCAAGGAAACUUUCAAGUCCAAGGAAAUCAUGUUUUGGUCCACUCAUGCGUGCUUUCCAGUUUCAUUCCCAAACACUUGUGGGUCCUUUGUUGUCUGUGUGGUCAGAUCUGACUGGUACUGAAGACCUCAAAGAGUCGUCUUCCAGUGGCACAAUCAGUUUCCAGGAGUGUCCUCUACUCUUGAGAGAUGCACCCUCAUUGUUGAUACAAAUGAUGUUGUCAUGGCCGGCACCGCUUUCACACCGUGACUUCAUGUGCUUUGUACAGCUGAUAUUUAAUUUGGUGUUUACGCAGGCUCUAGUUGAGACUUGUUGUAAGUUUGUCGGAGAUGAAAAACUUUCGUGGCAAGACUUAGGAAAGAAAGCAGCAUCACAGGAAAUUGUUCAGGGCCAAUUAUCUGCCGAUCUUUUAUUGGGGUAUGUUUGCCGUAUGCUCAGUACCAGUACCUUGAUCAAGGAGGAUCAUCACACCGGAGGGAUCUCGCAGUCGGUAUGGUCCCCACAUACUGUGGAGCGUUCCAUACAAGACUUGUGUUUGGGGUUCUUGCGGUCGGCAAACGCGAUGGCGGCCCUGUGCUUUGGUGUGGAGGUACCGCAAGUUCAGGACACUGAUGCUGAAUUCCGUGCAUUGGCCUCGAGCCUGGGUUUAUGUGAUCCAUCUAGUAAUAGUCGAACCGAGUCCUUCUCGUGUGUAGAUUGCCUAAAGUGGCCUCAUUCCAAGCCUCGGAAAGUGAUACGACGAUGGUGUGAUGCUCUGCUGCUGUGUUUCACGCAGCGAAAGGCCAAACUGAACAGAGAACUUCUUCCCAACUUGAGUCAGUGGCCGCCACCCAGACUACUUCAACUACCUGAGCGAUACGACAGUUUGAUCCAGCAUUACCGGAAGCGGAAAUGCACCAAGUGUGGCAGCGCUCCAGAUGAUCCUGCAGUAUGUUUGGUGUGCGGUAAAUUCAAUUGUCUCCAAGGAAGUUGUUGUGUUGACGGGACAGGCACAACAGAUAAGUAUGAAUGCAUACAGCAUGCCUUGAAUUGCGGGAGAGGGACUGGGAUCUUCCUGAUCGUGCUCUCUUCAGUGAUUAUUAUAAUCAGAGCCGAUCGGGUCUGUAUCUGGGGCUCAGUCUACCUCGAUAGCUUUGGCGAGGAGGACCGGGAUUUAAGGCGAGGGAAACCUCUGUUUUUGAGUCAGGAUCGUUUUAAUAGACUUGAAGAGCAGUGGCUCACGCAUAGCUUCGAUUACAUGUGCAAGAGAUGGAAACGUCAUAUGAACACUUUGUAGAUGUACGAGUUCACCACACGCAUCAAACCAUGGAAAUCGGAUGACUUCAGACGUAGUUAGGGUUCCGGCCCAGUGUAUUGAGUUCAGACGCAGUCUUGCGCUGGUACGCUAUUAAUUCAGGAAGCAGUCUAUUAUGUUAAGACGCAGUUAAUUUCGCUACACGGCUUUUCAUUUAGACGAAGUCUUCUAGGUCCAGGUUACGACGCGUAUUUACAGUCUGGAGGUUCAAUAACCGCCCUAGUAAUACAUUGGUUCUACGACAAUUUGCGGGGAAAGCAAAACUUUUAAAGAAACCAAGGACCCAUAGAAGAAAUAAAAUUAUAUAUCGAAAUUUGUCCAUCUAAAGAGAUUCGUGUUCUCGAGUCUCUUUAGACGAAUUAAGAGGAAAGUGAAUUUUUCUCUGCUGUGGUACAGGUAAUGUUCAUUACAUUUCAUUUAUUUAUUUAUCAUAUGGUAAUAAUUAUUUUUAUGUAUAGCAACAGUUAGAUGGGAAGCAGUAAAAUUUUUUUCAGAAAUAUUUCGUCUUAUCAGACGCGAACAGAUGUUGAUGUAGUUUCAGAUUAAUAAGGGGGGCAUGAGCUCUUUCACUCCGAGGGGUGACCAGGAAGGGAUUUCUUCUUACAACAUGAAUGGAUUUUCAAGUAGAAAGGUGACCGUUUGAUAUAACUUUAAAUUCUGAGAACUGAGGUCAAGAGACGUUUGGAAGACAGUGUGCACAAUCGAUAUUUGUAUCGUGAAAGUGUCAACGGAGCUCUGUCUGUGUUUGUACGUCUUCCAAAACUUGGCCUUAAGUUGUCAAAUUUCACGGUGAUUAUUGUGCAAUCUGUGGUGUUCUUGCUUUCCCGAAUUUGUUUCGUUUCAUCUUGGUACAUUUCCAUCCCCUAAAGGCGAACGUUUAUUUUUAAGGCUUAUUAUAAUCAAAUACAAUUUCCUUUGACGCAAAGAAUGUCACAAAGCUCCUCCUGAAAUUAGCUAACUAUAAACAGACUUGUCGAGUUCAUCGGUUGGGUUCAUCUGUAAGGAUUUUGUGUUUUGUAAUAACUGGGAAACACUAAAUUUUCUUUAGAAUGUAGCAAACAACCUUUACUUCUAAGAAUGAUAGAACUUUUUCUUCCGUAUGAACAGAAUUCUGUUUGCGCGACACAAAAUCGGCCAAAUGGAAUAUUUUGCUUUGUUACCUUCACUUAAAUCUCUUCAUCAGGAUCUCGUUUGGUAUAGUAUUGUAUCGUAGGGCAUUUUGUAUAUAUAUAUAUUUUUUUGAACAACGGCCUAGUUAUGCAUUGGCACAAAUAGAUUACGGACACAGUGGACCCUGUAAAUAUUGCAAAGUUUGCUUGUACCAAAGGCUUAUGUGAAAGAAAUUGAGUUGAAUGAAAGCUUGAGUUGAAUGAAA